GGACAGGGUGGCCCUAAGUAAUGACGCGCUCCGCUGGCGGCAGAGGGUGACCAGAGGUCAAGGUCUGCAAAUCUAGGUUCCCUUCCUGAAGCAAGUUUGCCAAAUUUCCUGUUGGGUAACUUUCAAUUCUUGGUCUGUUUAGCCUUAGCCGAAACACGGCGUCUCCUCAGCCUUGAGACCCCGGGGCCGCCACUCUCACGUUGCCCAGAGCGGCCAGGCCCUCUCUGUUUAUCUGUGGCUGACUUGAAUUCUUGAUUCUCUUGCCUCCGCCUCCCAAGGGCUGGGAUUUCAGGUCUCUGGCUUCUCUGGAGCAAAUACCUGGAGCUAUGGUCCACGCUUUCCUCAUCCACACUUUGAGGGCCCCGAAUCUGGAAGAUACAGGCCUUUGCCGAGUGCUCUACUCCUGUGUCUUUGGUGCUGAGAAAUCCCCUGAGGAUCCCCGGCCACACGGUGCAGAAAGGGACAGGCUCUUACGCAAGGAACAGAUUUUGGCAGUGGCCAGACAGGUGGAGUCCCUAUGUAGGCUGCAGCAGCAAGCAUCUGGAUGUUCCUCCACCGACCUUCAGCCUCAGUUCUCAGCUGAGUCUGUGUCCCUGCAUGAGGCCCCUCAUGGAGCCUUCUACCUGGCAGCUGGGGACCCUUUCCAGGAGCCAAGAACAGUGCUAUGGCUGGGCGUGCUCUCCUUAGGUUUCGCCCUGGUGUUGGAUACCCAUGAGAACCUGCUGCUGGCUGAACGCACACUCCGGCUCUUGGCCCGCCUCCUUCUUGACCACCUCCGGCUGCUGACACCAGGCACCAACUUCUUGUUGCGGGCUGACCGUAUUGAGGGAAUCCUCACCCGCUUCCUGCCACAUGGACAGCUGCUUUUCCUCAAUGACCAGUUUGUCCAGGAUCUGGAGAAGGAGUUCAGUGCUGCUUGGCCCCGCUGACCCCUCACCAGAAUGAGGCUUCUUGAAAUGACAAAGAGCAAGGGUAAAGAUUGCAGACUGCUAGGGGAAGUUUGGCAUCUGCCUCUUGCCCAGCCUGCUCCCGACUCGGGACAUAUGGAUUGGGCAGGCCAGCAGGAAGGGACCUGGGUAGAAG